AUGGGUGAAAGUGAAUUGACAGGGGCAACAAAUUUAAUGGCCUAUUACAAUCUAGAACAUUCCUAUAACAAAUUCUGUGGUCGAAAAAUGAAGGAUCAAUUAAGUGCCUUCUUACCAAAUUUACCCGGAAAUAUUGACAUUCCUGGUCAUCAAGAUAACAGUUCCUUGCGUUCUCUCAUUGAAAAACCUCCAAUUGGUGGAAAAGAGUUGUUACCAUUGAUGGGAGCUCAGUUAACAGGAUUCAGGCUGCAUGCAGGUCCUUUACCCGAACAGUAUAGACUGAUGAAUCAGCAACCUCAGAAAAAGAAACACAAACACAAAAAGCAUAAACACAAGGCUGGUGAGAUGCCUUCUCAAGAAUCUCAACAAGAUUCUGCAACCGAUAAUACUCAUGAGAAGAAGCAUAAGAAACAAAAACGCCAUGAUGAAGAAAAGGAAAGGAAGAAGAAGAAAAAAGAAAAGAAAAAGAAAAAGCAGAAGCACAGCCCAGAAGGAACCGUAGCUCCCGUCAACUCCCUCCACGCUAACGCAAUUAUUAACUCGAAUACUUUUUUAUUAACGGAAUCGAGACUCUAAACGAUCCGCCGUCUUUGCUUUUUCAUUGUUUACAUGAGACACAACUUAAAAGAGGAAGAGAGAGAGAGAGGAUUCACAAUACGUUUCUGCCAAUAGAAGUCCAUUACAUUGAAUUUUCUGAAACACACUCAUCAAUCAUCAUAUUAUAAUUUAUAAGAUUUGUUAAUGGCAACAAUUUCACAAAAACAUUUUCAACAAUUUCCUGAUUUUGAUAACCAAAAAAUAAAAAAA